AUGCGUUUCUCACCAUGCCUGCUUAUCGCGGGCCUUUCGACCAGUGUCCACGCCUUCUACCCCUAUGAGCUCAAAAUAGAGGCUUCUGCAAGCAUCUCAUCCCGGGAGAAUGUCCAUCGCCGAUUCUUCCCCUGGACGCUGGUGUCGGAUAGCUCGGACGACGCCGCGGAUGCCAAGCCAUUGACCCUCGACAUCAAGAAGGUUCCCGUUCGUCGUGAUGACACCUACAAAAUUGUCGAGUCCAACACUCCGACAUUGCCAAACAGUGCCGCUCUCAAUCAGGAUGGCCAGGACUUUUCUUAUUUCUCCGUGGUGGAGGUAGGCUCGCAGAAAGAGGAAAUGUGGCUUGCUCUUGAUACUGGAUCGCCCAGUAGCUGGGUAUUCAGCGCCAGCUGCACCGACAAGGUCUGCACUACUCACCACAGCUUUAAUACGUCUGCCUCCAGCUCCUAUGCUUCGAAUUCCUCGGCCUUUAAGAUUGGUUAUGGAAGCGGGUGGGUCAAAGGCGACCUGGGACAGGAUGUUUUCUCCAUCGCGGGCAUGGAUGUGACCUUGUCAUUCGGAACGGCUACCUUCGCGAACGAUACCUUCUCCAACUACCCACUCGAUGGCAUUCUCGGUUUGGGUCGGUCGAGGACUGGCGGCUGGGGUAUUCCCUCGUUCAUGGAUAUCGUUGCCAAAAACAAGUACACCACCUCGAAUAUCGUCGGAUUCAGCCUUUCUCGUGCCAGUGAUAACAAGAAGGACGGUGAAGUCAACUUUGGAACGGUCGAUACAUCCAAGUUUGAUGGGAACAUCACCUACACGGCAACCAACGCAGAUACCUGGACGAUUCCGAUGGAUGAUGUCUAUGUGAAUGGACAAGCUACCGGCUUGACCAACAGGUCCGCUACCAUCGACACGGGAACCACUUACAUCCUCAUCCCUCCAGCCGACGCUAAGACUCUCUUUGCUCGUAUCCCAGGAUCCUCCCAGUCGGGUGAAAAUUACAUCAUCCCUUGCAACUCAACCGCAACCUUGGAGCUUUCUUUCUCUGGUAUCAAAUACUCAAUUCAGCCGGAGGACUACAUUGGCGCAUCUAGCACUGGUGGCUGCGUUUCCACCAUUGUCGGCCACCAGUCAUCAGGUGCUAAUGACUGGCUUGUCGGAGAUGUCUUCUUGAAGAACGUGUACUCGGUCUUUGACUUUGAUAACGGUCAGAUUGGAUUCGGUGCUCGCUGUGCACCUAACACGACUGGAAAUGGAACAUUUACCGACCCGAGUUCUACCGCUACUACCGGUGAUGCUGCUGCUACUGCUGCUGGCACUGGCACUGGCACUGGCACUGGUAGUGUUGGCAUCUCCACCACCAACGCCACGAUUUCUGCGACGACGACCGCGGAUACAGUGAUGCACACUGGUGCUGCAUCUCGUCUGUCCCAAGGCGUGGGUCUCUCCCUGCUCACAGCUAUCACUGGGUUGCUCUUCCUCUAG